AUGGUACAGUCCCCAAUUUGUAAAAGUCAGUUUCCCUACAUUGAUAGCUGGGCAGCUACAGUGCAGAAGUCUUAUUGGUGGCCAGAGAAAUUACAGACCAUGAAGAAAAAAUGGGCUCAGAGAGCCACUGAUAAAGCUGCAAGUCAAGUUAUGGCUUUGCGUCAGGAUGUGUUAGUAAAAACAAUGAUCCCUCCAAAGAAGGAAAAGCCUCCAGUGUUAGAUGCUGAUCCUGAAGACCCCAUGGCUAAUCCCCCACCAUAUGUUCCAGUAUACCCUCUACUCCCGAUGCAGCCAGCAGAAGGAGGUACUGAUGGCAGGGAGCAAGCACAGCUAGCUAAGGGCGCUUUAAAAUCCUUUGAUGAAGAGAGCCAGGAAAUAGAGAUGAAUGAAGUAGCUAGGGCUGGAAAAGGACGGGCGACACCCCUGAAAACUUUAAAUUUGGUUCAGCAGUUGUUUUCAGAGCAACCAUUUUCAGCAACUGCUCCUCAUUAUUCCAUGCCUGGGUUUAAUAAUCAGAGGUUGGCUGCAAGUUUUAAUUCAGCUCCUGAGUCUCCCUUGCAUCCAGAACUCUCGCCAAGUACUCCAGAGAAAACUUCCAGCUCAUCUAUGGCGUCACCCCCAACGUUCCCAGGUUUCACAUCCAGUACAGAAAGCUCACUGCUAGCUCCCCUUCAGGAAGUUCAUAUCCCUCAACAGCCUGGCCCUGGUAUUGAGACCCGAUACAUGUAUGCGCCUUUCACUUCAAGUGAUCUAGUAAACUGGAAAACUCAUACUGUUGCAUUUUCUGAUAAUCCUGCCCCAAUGACAAAUCUGCUAACCAGUAUUAUGGCUACACAUCAGCCUACCUAUGCAAACUGUCAGCAGCUUUUACUGGCUCUCUUCACAACUGAGGAGAGAAGCCGUAUCAUGCAUUAUGCUCUAAAGCAUGGGGAAGAAAAAGUUCCUCAGGGAACUGCAGACAGAGAGGAGUGGAUAAAGGCCCGUUUUCCUGCAACAGAUCCCAACUGGGACCCCAAUUCUCAGAUUUCCAAAGAGCGUCUGCCAGAAUACAGGCAGGCAAUCUUAGAAAGUAUGAAACAAGCAGGAAAAAAACCUAUUAACAUGUCUAAAGUCAGUGAAGUACUCCAGAGAAUAGAUGAAAGCCCUGGAGCAUUUGCUGAGAGGUUAAUGCAAGCUUUUAGAAUGUUUACCCCAUUCGAACCUGAGGCUGCAGAGAACCUGCGCAUGGUAAGUACAGCUUUUGUUGCCCAAUCCUAUGAUGACAUUCGCAAAAAACUUCAGAAGCAAGAUGGUUUUGCAGGAAUGAAUCUGUCCCAGCUGUUAGAGAUUGCCCAGAAGGUUUAUACUAAUUGGGAUGUAGACCAGAGAGAGGAGGAGUGGAGGCUUCACCAAUCAGCUCCUGCAAUGGCCAUGUCAGAAGUCUGGGUUCAACAACUUCCAGACAUAUGGGCAGAAGAGAAUCCGCCUGGGCUAGCAGUAAAUCAUGUGCCUAUCAAAGUAGAAUUAAUCCCAGGGGCUGUUCCAGUCCGAGAACGCCAGUACCCGAUCCCUAGGAAGGCAGUAACUGCCAUCCAGAAACACCUUGACAGACUCCUUGAAUAUGGAAUUCUUGUAGAAUGUCAGUCUCCAUGGAACAGUCCCCUUUUGCCAGUCCAGAAGCCGGGCACCCAGGACUUCAGACAAGUACAAGAUCUUAGGUCUCUAAAUUCUUGCACACAAUCCUUGCAUUCUGUCGUUCCAAAUCCAUAUGUCUUACUGGGACUAAUACCUGCCUCAGCUACUUACUUCUCAGUGGUAGAUCUCAAGGAUGCGUUCUUUUGUUUAAGACUGGCACCUGAAAGUCAGCCACUGUUUGCCUUCCAGUGGAAGGAAAAAAAGACUGGUAGAAAGCUACAAUACACCUGGACCCAUUUACCUCAGGGGUUCAAAAAUUCGCCCACCCUUUUUGGUAAUGCUCUCAGUAAAGCCCUAUAUGACUUGAGCUGGUUCCCAACUGUGCCAGGAGAAGUUGUGUGCCUUCAAUACAUUGAUGAUAUUCUGCUGGGGGCCAAAAACUUACAGACAUGCCAAGGUGCCACUACUGCUCUGCUAACACUUCUGACUGAGGCUAGAUAUCAAGUGUCUCAGAAGAAGGCUCAGCUAUGCCAAGAAACAGCGAAAUUUUUUGGCUUUCAUAUAUCCCAGGGCAGACGGCAGCUAGGCAGGGAGCGAAAAGAGACUGUGUGUGCUAUUCCUGUGCCUACUACCAGAUGCAAGCUGAAAGAAUUCUUAGGAGCAGCAGGGUUCUGCAGAAUUUGGCUCCCCAAUUUUGCCAUAACAGCUAAGCCCUUAUACAAAGCCACUAAGGGGGGAGAAAAAGCACCUUUUGAAUGGACAGAGCAAUGUCAAAAUGCCUUUGAAGAUUUAAAACGUCAGCUCAUGCAAGCCCCAGCUCUGGGACUACCUGAUACUGACAAGCUUUUUACUCUAUAUGUGCAUGAGCAAGAAGGAAUAGCUGCAAGCUUUUUAACUCAAUUGCUGGGAUCCUGGCCCAGACCAGUGGCAUGUUUGUCUAAGCAAUUAGACACUGUAGCAAAAGGGUGGCCCCCCUGUUUGCGCUCAGUAGCAGCUGUUGCAGAACUUGUAAAGGAGGCAGACAAGUUUACCUUUGCAAGUCAACUUGAAGUAAGAGUUCCCCACUAUGUGCAAGUUUUUCUGGAACACAAAGGGAACUACUGGUUCACCAACACCCAUAUAGUCAGAUAUCAGGCACUUAUGUGUGAAAACCCCAGAGUAAAAGUAGUGUCUGUGUCAGCUCUGAACCCAGCCUCUUUGCUGCCAAUUUCUGAUGAUGCAUUGGAGCAUGAUUGCUUAGAGGUUAUGGAAGAAGUAUUUUCCAGCCGGCCAGAUCUGAAAGAUGUCCCAUUUUCAGAUCCUGAUGUUGAAUAUUAUACCGAUGGGAGUAGUUUUAUCCAGAAUGGAAAACGCAGAGCAGGAUAUGCAGUGGUUACUCUACAAGCCGUGAUAGAGGCAGAACCUUUGCCUAUUUCAACUUCUGCACAAAAAGCUGAAUUAAUUGCCCUUAUCAGAGCACUAUGAUUAGCAGAGGAACUUAAAGCAAAUAUUUACACAGAUUCAAAAUAUGCUUUUAUGACACUGCACACCCAUGGAGCCCUAUACAAAGAGAGAGGAUUAAUUACUGCAAAUGGCAGGAAUAUCAAGAAUAGUACAGAAAUCUUGGAACUGCUAAAAGCUAUCUGGGCACCCCGGGACAUAGCUGUCAUUCAUUGCAGAGGCCAUCAGAAGCCCCUAAGUCCGGUAGCAAGAGGAAAUCGGAAGGCAGAUUUAACAGCUAAGUUUCCUUAA